CGAGAGAGGAAUCCAGACAUUCCAGAAUUGCGCUCAUAUUGGGUCUCCCUCUCUAUCUCGCUGGGUGCUCUCUCUUUUUCUGUCUCUCCGCCCCACCACUAUGCGAGCUCCCAGCAGCAGCUGCUGCGAUGAGUAAUGUCGAUGAGCGUCGGCGUCUGUUGGCUUCGUUUGCAUGCAAAUGCUUUUGUUGUAAUUUAGAUUGAGAGGCUCUCCGGGCGAGCGGUUAUCAGUUGUCCAUUGCAUCAUCGACGUAAUGUUUACACAUGGCGGGCGAUCGUGACCGCCGCAAUAACGGGACUAAUGGAUUCUGUACACAAAUUGCGCCGCCUCCGGUAAUCACUUUCACUCUCAUUGCCCACGCCGACCCGCAUCGGUAUCGUUUCCCAUGGAGGAGAUCAUUUGCAAUUGUAAAAGAUGCUGGGCCGGGCGGUCUUCCUUCAACUGGUGCUGCAAUACGUCUUGGUGCAAGGAUACUACUACUACGAUUACGGCUACUGGGAGAUCAAUGAGCCACCGCCACUGUGCUCCGAUUACGAAAUGCUUGUCGUGAACACCCGGCAGUGCGUGCGACGCUGCAACAUUGUCUGCCAGGAAGGCGUGUGCUUUGAGGAUGGCGAUUGCCCAUGUGCCGACCAGUACGUGGGCGCCAAUCCGGAUGGACUAGUCUGUGCCGCCGAGUGUCUGCCAGGCUGUCAAGAAGCGGGUGGGUUCUGUGCCGCGCCGGAUCUGUGUGUGUGCCGGAGGGCCAGGCACUACUACUUUGAUGCUCUUUCCCGACGUUGUCGACACAGGACUGCACGCCUCCUGGACCCAUGCCACGGGCGAUGCACCCACGGACGAUGCUCAUACGAUGGACAAUGUAUUUGUGCCCAGGGCUAUGAGCUCCGCGCCACCCUGCUCCACGGGCAGCAGUGCACGCCCAUCUGCAAGCACGAUUGCGGACCCCAUGCCUACUGCUUCGCGCCCAACAUGUGUGCCUGCCGACACAAGCACCACCAUUAUGCCCAAAAUGGCAUUUGCACAAAAUACUAUUAACCUUGGGGACAGACGGAUGCAGUCUUCUCGGUCUGUUUUAAGUUCCCUUACUGCUGACGUCACUCGUUCGAAUUUUUCUCGAAUUGCCAUUGCAGAUUCUAUAAUUAAAUUAUUUUUAUUUCGCUUAUAUAAACAUCUGUUGAAUGCUUUACUUCUCUGAGCUCUCUUCGAACUGAUAUGCCUCAACGCAACGAUUGUAGGGCAUCCAAAUGGUGAGCGCACACAAGAGAGAGAAAAGAGAAAGAGAGAGAGAGAGCGAGACUCAACGCCAAAUUACAAUGCGAAUUGUUAUUGUUUCUGGCACAUGGAAGGAAGGCCCGUCGCUAGAAAAUUUAAAUGAAUUAUAUCUUUAAUCGACCACUGAUCGACGGAAAAAACUAGAGCUAAGCUGACAAGAGUAAAACAUGCGUACGUGCGCUCCAGAGGCGUAGCUGUGGCAGAGUGAAAGGGACAGCUACCUGUUUGCCUGUGUGUGUGUGUGUGUGUGUGUUGUCUUGAUUUUCCGAUAAGGAUAAUUUCCGAAAAUGUGUAUUAAAAUGGGACUAGUUUUUAACUAAAUCACAGCCUAGAAUGUCUGCUGACUGCAGGGUAUUUGUUAGAUAAAGACUAAAGCAAAGAAUUGACAUCAGCAGCGACGUCGACGGCGGCGUUGGCGUCUUUAAAGGCGCGCGUGUGGCGUGUUUUCAUAUUUCUUGUUAUUGGAGGGGGACCGACCAGGCCCAGCAAAAGCAGCACUCGUGUUCCGUUUGUUCUCCGUCGCGUUUUAGUUGGAGUUUUGCUUUCCAACGGCGCGGUCUUUUUUAGCUGGAGCUUUUUCCCCACAUCGAGGAGCGUGUAUUUCUUGUCUCUCUUGCCAACUGCAGCAAUUUGCAAUUUUAAUUAACUUAAGACAGCCUGCUGAA